AUGUUGUGCAGUACCGAAACGGAAACAGAAGCCAUUGACCUUGCGAAACCCAAUUGGAUGUCCAAUUCUCCGACUGUUCUUGCUGCAUUACGUGGGGACUCUGGAGUGGGAAAAAGCUUGGACCUUUCAUCAACCCUAGCUACUGAAAAGGUAUUGGGAAUGUGGUGGUGCUCCCAGACUGAUUGUUUUGUCUACAAGAUCAACCUGGCCAGAUUAGGGGAGGACCUACUUUCUGGUGUUCGCCGGCCUACAAAGCGAGAGGUCUUACGUACUGUCAUGACUAUCUACGAUCCCCUGGGUCUAAUAGCCAACUACUUGAUGUACCUCAAGGUGUUACUUCAGGAAAUCUGGCGAUCAGGUACAGGCUGGGAUGACGAAAUCAAUACGCAGUGUUUUGAAAAAUGGCAGAUCUGGUUCAGACUUCUUCCCGAGCUUGAAAGUUUACAAAUCCCGCGUUGUUACAGGCUUCAGACGACGAUUGGAGCGCAAACGAAAACCCGGCUGCAUAUAUUUGUCGAUGCCAGUGAGAACAGUAUGGCAGCCUUAGCGUACCUCCGUUUCGCAGAGAAAGGGAUAAUCGAGUGCUCGCUCGUCACAGCGAAGACCCGUGUAGCCCCGCUAAAGUACCUCACUAUUCCUAGGCUCGAACUGCAGGCAGCUCUGAUUGGUGCUUGGCUAGCAGGCAACGUUCUCCAAGGAGUAGAUAUCAACAUCUCGCAAUGCAUCUUAUGGACGGAUUCGAGGAAUGCUCUAUCGUGGAUUCGCGCAGACCACCGACGAUACAGCCAAUUUGUGGCAGCUAGAGUUAGCGAAAUCCUUGACCUUACGAACGUCUCCAAUUGGCGAUGGGUCCCAACGAAAUGGAACGUUGCCGACGAAGGCACUAAGUGGUAG